ACAAAAAAAUCCCAACCACUUAUUACAGGCUCCUCAACAAACCAGGAAAAAGCGCUGUUUUUAGACUUCUGACUUCAUCGAUGCUUCUGGAGUAUUCGCAUUGUAUGAUGUCACUAACAACGUCUCUUUUAAAUGUCUACCAGACAUCAUCAAUGUUCUCACACAGCUGAUUCCACCAGACUGCGAUGUGAUGCUUAUCGGUUGCAAAAGCGACCUGAAACGUCUCCGAAGUGUUACGUACGAAGAAGCUGAAAAUUUUUCACUCAAAUACGGACUAUCUCUUUUUGAAACCAGUUUUAGCGCCAAAACAAACUUGAACUGUAUGGCGGCACUUAAUGAGAUGGUCAACAAAGUGCAAGAAAAACGCGAAGAAGUAGAAGCUUUCCUCUAUGAUAGCAGCGAUGAAAAUGAAGAACAAAACCUUGGCGUUUCCCGAAUCCUUUGUAACCUUUGGUCAUGCGCUUGA